AAUCGUGUACUGAAUCGCCUCCAUGAAGUCAGCGAAUCUUCGGUUUAUGUUUUAAUUCUGGUUAAAAUGCCGGUCCCGAGUGAAAUAUUUCCUCCUCCCCCGGUUCAUUCUAAGCAGCCUGGAGUUACAAAGACACUACUCUACAACGGCUCCAGAUUUCAGGGUCACCAAAAGAGCAAAGGAAAUUGUUACGACGUAGAAGUUGUCUUACAGCAUGUAGAUGAGCAGAACUCAUAUCUCUGCGGCUACCUUAAAAUCAAAGGACUCACAGAAGAGUAUCCAACAUUGACAACAUUCUUUGAUGGUGAAAUAAUCAGCAAAAAGUAUCCGUUUUUGACUCGCAAGUGGGAUGCAGAUGAGGAUGUUGAUCGCAAGCAUUGGGGGAAGUUCUUGUCAUUCUAUCAGUAUGCAAAAGAUUUUAACUCCGAUUACUUUAAAUAUGAUGAGUUGAAGAACACUGACUACACGUUCAUGAGAUGGAAGGAGCAUUUUUUGGUGCCAGAUCACACAAUCAAAGAUAUUAAUGGAGCGUCCUUUGCCGGCUUCUACUACAUCUGCUUUCAGAAGUCAACGGCUACUAUUGAAGGCUAUUAUUACCAUAGAAACUCUGAAUGGUACCAGUCCUUACAACUUCAGCACGUACGAGAACACAGUGUGCCCAUCUACGAAUUCCGGUAGCAAGGCUUGACCUUAAGCAUCAUAUACAAAAUCUCUUCCCACUGAAAAUUCAGAUAAAUGCAAUCAUUUGUUAUAACAAAAAGCUACCAAGGGGUAGUUGUACAAUUCAAAAGUCAUGCUGGUUUCACAACUUAUUUAAAAUUUAUCAGCAAAAACCUAAUGUAUAACCCUGCCAUUCAUAGUAACCAUUUGCCCUUAACCAAUUUUUAACUUUUCACCAGCUACUUGCUUUAAAAAAUUAAUAAUAGUGCGUUGCUAGUGGAAGGUAAACUGGAAAGGUACACCGAGUGUGAUUUCAUUUAUAAACUUAAACAGACAAACAGAUUUUGAAUAGAGCUGGGUACUAGUUUGUAUUAAUGAAGAGCUUAAAUUUUUCGUACAUAAAGCUUGGUAGUGAUAAGUGGAUGAACCAUAGAACACAUCAACUUAACUAUUGCAAAGUGAUUAAUUAGCCAGCAACACAAUUGAGUGUUUAUUCUGCCGCCAGGUGUCGCUGAAUGUUCAUUGGUGGCUGCCGGUGAGAGCGCAUUGCAUAGUUGACUUGUUUAAUACAUGUAAUACGGUCAGUAUGUCUCGCAGACAAAUCAAUAAACUACAUAGUUGCAGUAAGUGAGUAAUUUUGGGACCAAACAAUUGGUGUCCCCCCCCCCCCUGUGUCUACCUCAACCUUUACUGAUGAAAAUUGAUGGCAAGCAUCAGUAACAACGUUUUCAUGGUUGAUAGUUUCAAGAUGGCAUACUGUGAUAUAUCUUUGAUCUAUUGAUGUUUUAUAUUGUAAACGACGUGUUCUAACAAUUAUUGUCAUUAUAUUUUGUCGUUGCAUCUCAAAACUUGUUGAUUUAACACGACUGAUUGUUCGACAAAUCUACAUCCGGCGUCCCUGUGAGUAAGCCAAUGUCGAAGACUGGGGAAUUACAUGAGUAAAUGUAGGAUAGAUACGAACUGACCAACUGCUAGGUGUUGGCGUAUCGCUCCACGUAUUCUUCGAUAUUAUGUGGGUGACCGGUGCGAGGAUUCGGUAUUGUUGAUACUCUACUUGGGCGAAUAGUUUGGAGGAGAAAUGAGGAUGAAGCGUAGAGUCAUUUUCUCUGCGCGUGUGUAUAUAUAAAUAUGUAUAAGGUAGUCCAAACUGCACUGCAGCAGUAUGGAGCCCCGUUCUCCCACAUGCAGCUUGUGUGCUUGUUUGUUACCACUACCCAUGUUAGGUAAGGACACGAUGAGUACUGUUAAACCGAAUGUAAAUAUCUGGAACGAUCGUAGAAAUAUAGUGAAAGUACAUCGUAGAACAUUUGUAGGACCUGUAUAUUGUGUGCAUGAGCAAUCGAUGGAUGAUUGUGCAUGGAGGGCGUGUAAAAAUAACGGGGCCGAAUGCCGAUAUAAGCUGUUAAUACUAUUAGAUUGAACUCUAUGCUCUACUAAAGGUUUUCAUGUUGUAAGAGAUGUGUGGUUAGUCGUCUUGGAAGCGCGAACUAUAGUUUGCGGUGCCAUUAAACAGUAGUUAGUUAGCACAUUAACGCGCGACAUGAAUGUCUACUGUGUAGCUAUGAAUAUUUCUGGUAAAUAUGGCUCCACGUCAAAGCCCACGUGCCAUUGAUUAAACCAGCAAAAGAUACUGUCUAGAGGAUAACGGAUUAUACAGAGUAUACACGCAAAAUUGUAUAGAUUUGUUGUAAAAUGUUUUAAAAAAACUACUGUAAAAUGUUUUAAAAAAAUUCGUCACUUUAGCGUUGACGGUUAUACCAUUAAUCAAAUAAAUCUGUUCACACAAAAACA